CCCUCCGACCCGACCAUGGGUGCCUCGUUCUAGUGUAACUCCCACUCGUUGCUAACACACCCUGUACAGGCACCGUUCAUUUGUGAAGAUGACUUCUCGGAAGGCUGUGCACCAGGUGUGGCACGUCAGCCGUGGCAUCGUUUUCUCUGGUGGCAGCGAUGUGGUGUACCCCCGCUUGCCUUCGCUGAGGUAUUACAGUGCCACGGCAGCUGUUGCCUCGGAGGGAGACCCGGUUUCUGUGCCAUCUGCACCCGCCAUGGCAGACAUGACUGGAGGACCCUCUACUAGCCAAGGACCCGAGGACUUGCUGAGCGAUGUGGUAACCACAUCGUUAUCGACGACAACGACAACGACAACAACCACCCGUACCAUCACUACUUCUGCCGCCACCGCCAACGUCACAGCAACGGCGGACGGAGGGGCGGCCGUGAAGGACCAAAGUGUAGUGACCGAUACGGUGGAGAAGCCCAAGCCCAAGCCCAAGCCCAAGCAUUCUUCCACUCCAGACGCGGUGCCUUUCACCCCCCUGGAUUUCAAGAUACCCGAGAAAGCCUUUCAGGCGGCAAGACGGGCCCCCAAAGGAAGUCCCGAGUCGUUCUGGAACUACAGCCUCUACCGGGGCCCAGGCGCCGACGGCUCGCGUGAUGUUAAAGUCAAGAUCCACUACUGCACCAGCAUGCAGACCACCGAGAGGGUCGUCAAGCAGUAUUUUAUGAAUGAGAAGGUCGUCGGCUUCGACCUCGAAUGGAUGAGCAACGCGCAAAGGUCUUCAGGCCCCCGGAAGAACGUCUCCCUCAUCCAGCUCGCUUCUCCCAGUCGCAUUGGACUCUUCCACAUCGCCUCUUACCCUUCCAAGGAUAAACUGGUCGCUCCGGCCUUAAAGAAGUUGAUGGAGGAUCCCUCUAUUACGAAAGUGGGCGUCUGGAUUAAGGGAGACUGCACGCGUCUAGCCGACUAUCUGGGUAUCAAGACCCAGGGUCAGUUCGAGCUCAGCCACCUUUACAAGCUGGUCAAGUAUUCCGCCAGUGGUGAUUAUGACUCCAUCAAUAAGAAGUUGGUUUCUCUGGCCACCCAAGUCAAGGAGUACCUUGGGCUGCCCGUUUUCAAGGGUGACGACGUCCGUACAAGCAACUGGACCAGACGUCUGAACAUGGAUCAAAUCAUGUACUCGUCGUCUGAUGCCUACGCGGCCGUUCAGCUCUUCGCCGUUCUCAACUAUCAACGACAGAAGCUCGACCCUGUUCCCGAUCUCCCACAUCAUGCCGAACUCAACCUUCCUAUCCCGGUGGCCAGGCCGGUCGCCCCUGCAGUGAUCGAAGAGGAGGAUGGCGGCGACCCUAAUUCGACCAGCGAGCAAGAUGCCGCUCGAAGGCAAGAUGCGGCCAAGACGCAAGAUGCCGAUGGUGAUACAGGUGGGUGCAACCCCGUCCCUCAGAAUCAGCCUGCAGUCGGCGCCGGCGAACACGACAGCACGCGCCUCGCCGAGCCACCCGGCAACGGCCUUGCGUCAAGAGAAGAGCCCAGCAGAUGGAAGACCCUGGUUACUCAACCGAAUAUGGAUGCUGAACAAGGAGCUCCGCUCAAUCUUCCGCCACUAGCCAUCUUGACCCAGCAAGACGACCAGUCGAAACAAGCCACCACGAGCUAAGCCCACGAGCCGGCGUCAACUCGACGGUCGAGCAUAUACCGGCAACAUUACUCGAGGGCAUUCCAGUCUUACCGCUCCAACACGCGCGAUACCCACCAAACAAUAAAAGGCCCGGGUGUUGUAGUCGAUAAGAACAAGCUCUCAGUCGGCCUUGCCCCUUUUUUUCGCAGCCCCUGAGACUCAGUCAAUGGAUGCCUAACGA